AAAUUGGCCAUUUUAUCAAGGACUUGAAAGUUGUCUUGCGGGAAGUAGUAUUGCAUCGCGCGAGUGAAAAAAACGCUAUUCCGGACACCCAUGAUUCGGAUGGCGUUCCCUGUCGGUGACUUGUUCUGUGCCGUUUAGAUCGUCCACAUCCUAGCGCGUUUUCGCUUCGCGUUACCGUACGCUAAGCUAGCACCGAAUGGGCGCGAGAAAGUGAUGAACAUGUAUAUAAAUAUUCAAUUGUGCUCCCUGACCGGGUUACCAAGCGUUUGCUGUCACAGGCAAAAGCAUUCUUGAUGCUUCUGUUUUGAAUCGUUUUGUGAAAUCCAUCUUUUGCGAGCCAGAUCUGCACUACGGUUCCCUCCCGGAGGAGGCCUUUGCACGACGUCGUGCAAGCGUACUGUAAAUACGCCAGGCCCGCGUUAGUGCGUAGACGCACGAAGCGAUAGGCGUAGUGCCAGCGAAAAAGAAGGUUAGUGUUGUUGGUCCUGUUUUGCAAUCGAAGCUCGGCUGGCCCAUCCGUCUUACGAUUCGACCACCCGGGUUCGCCAAUAAAGUGUAAUUAAAACAAUUUGUUAUUAAAAAGACAAUCAAAAUGGCCGCCGCGAAGUGGUACUGCAAAUUCGUGGUUCUAGGUGUUCGAUCGCAGGAUUAGCAGCGCAAUAGUACGCUUCCCAAGAAGCGGUACGGGUGCUGUAAUACGUGUUUAUGCUGCUAAUAAUCGUGCACGAAGUCUUAGAAAAUGCGUGAAAAUCCAGAUGACGUGAGUCCGCAGGUUUGGAAAGAAUGGAUACUGGAGGCGAUACGGCGCAUCCGGUUCCAGAAGCAGCGACCAAGCAUACAGCGUAUCUGCCAGGCGAUCGGCAGCCAUCACAAGUUUCACGAGGAUAUUGUGGCAGAUAAGUUGGAGGAAGCGGUUGAGGCCGGUGCGGUGCUGAAGGUGUACAAUAAAGGCCUACACUCGUACAAAGCCCCGACGUCGACGCAACGGCGUGUCACCAACGUGACGAACGAGAGCAACCUUUCGCGGUUGGUGGCCAAAGCCGUGCGGGACCUGGGCGAAUUCGAUGGAUCGUCGCAGAAGUCGAUCGAGAACUAUGUCCAGCAAACGAACAAUCUGCACAUAUCGGCCGAUACCGACUUCAAGAGUGUCAUCCGGAACUCGCUACGGAUAGCCAUCAGUGAAGAGACGGUCCUGCAGGAGGGCAGGUUGUACAAACCGGGGCCCGUCUUCAAACCGCAAACGAAACGCAAAUCCUCGUCGCCCAAGAAACGCGGUGGCAAACAUUUGGAUCGUUCGGCGGAUGGCAGCAUUUGCUUGGUAUGCCAGGACGGGGACGGUAAUGGUUCGGAUGAUGAGGGCGAAGCGCUAACCUCCUGCAACACCUGUGGUGCUGGCCUACACGACACCUGUGCCUCAGGAGCUGGGCAUAGCAGCUCAAGCCGAUGUCCACCGACGGUUUCACUAUCGCGCCUGCUGGAAAAAGGUAACGUUUGGCACUGCGAGGAAUGCAAAACCUGCGACGGUUGCUCGAGCCAGGACGACGAUGAGGACGGCGUCAAAGGGAUUUGUCUGUUGGACUGCUGGAGUUGCAAAAAGCACUUUCAUCUUUCUUGUCUCAAUCCACCGCUUUCGGAGUCGAAAAAGUGUAAAUUUCCCUGGAGGUGUUCAGAUUGCUUGAGCCAUUCCAAGGAUAGUGAUAGAAAAUCUAGCGUCAUGCGGCCAAUCUCUGGUGAAAAGAAACGAAAAAGAUUGCUUACCGGCGAUAAAGAUCCAAAAGGAAGCACAGAUGCUAUCAAUAUACCAGUACCUUACAAAAAUCCAUACGACUCACCCAGCGAAGAUGCGCUAGAAAAACAAACCCUCCCUGAUGGCGUUACGCCGCAAGACGCAGAGCUGUACAAGUACGUUCGGGAGCAGUCAACAAAGAUUGUUGUCGGCGUUUCGAAAGCAUCGAACAAACAUCAACAUAACAACAAUAAUAGUGAUCGCGCGCGCCAUUUCUCGCCCGACCGACCAAGUCAUCAUGGCCACCAUCACCAGCAGCAGCAGCAGCAGCAAGCACCUGCAAUGUCCUCGAACAGUAUUGUACAGCAGUCGCCCUCGAAACUCAUGGCAGCGCAGGAUCGUUGUCCGGCAGCGAUAGAGUUUGGAAAGUAUGAAAUCGAAACCUGGUAUUCGAGUCCAUUUCCCCAGGAGUACGCGAGGUUACCGAAGCUGUUUCUGUGCGAAUUUUGCCUGAAGUACACCAAGAGCAAGGCUGUGUUGCAGCGGCACCAGGACAAGUGCUCGUGGCGCAAUCCACCCGGCACCGAGAUCUACCGGCACGACGGCGUCUCCGUGUUCGAGGUGGACGGCAACGCGAACAAGAUCUACUGUCAAAAUCUGUGCCUGCUGGCGAAGCUGUUUCUCGACCACAAGACGCUCUACUACGACGUUGAGCCGUUCCUGUUCUACGUACUGACGCGCUACGACCGCAAGGGCUACCAUCUGGUGGGCUACUUCUCGAAGGAAAAGCACUGUCAGCAGAAGUACAACGUAUCGUGCAUUAUGACGAUGCCGCAGUACCAGCGGCAGGGCUACGGUCGGUUUUUGAUCGACUUCAGCUACCUCCUCAGCCGGGAGGAGGGUCAGCCGGGCACGCCGGAGAAACCGCUGUCCGACCUGGGCCGGGUGUCAUACUAUGCGUACUGGAAGUCGACCGUACUGAACUACCUCUACGCACACAGGCACCGCGCGGCGGCGUCGGCACCUGGAGCGGGCGGUCGCCUAUCAUUCUCGGUGCAGCAGGUGUCGCAGGAAACCGGCAUGGUCAUCCCGGACGUUGUGCUUGCGCUGCAGCUGCUGUCCUUCAUCAAGUAUCGAAAGAUCGAUCGGGGCGGUGGCUUCAAGGUGUACCAACCGCUGAUCUGCAUCGACUGGCGGGUGGUGGAGAAGCAGCACGAGCGGAUGGUCCGCUCGAAGGCUCGGCUGUCGAUCGAGAAGGAGUGCCUCCGGUGGACGCCUCUGUUUCUCACGACUACUGCAUCGUUCUCCGAGCUGGACGCGACAGGACCGAUCGAUGCUCCCGAGGAAGGAACCGGUGGUGCGACAGUGCAGUCAGAAUCGGCCCCCAUGGCGAAAGAAGAAGAUGAAGAGGAAGAGGAGGAGGCAUCCGAGGAGCAGGGAGAGCAGGACAAAGUGGCAGCACGCAGCAGCGUGUCCCAGCGAGGUGUUGCAACCGUUACCCGCAAGGGUAAUGCCGGCGACACAGGGCGAAGGAAAAAACGUGGCCGAGAAUUGUCACCAGUGCCGGAAGAUGUUCAUAGAUCACGUACACCAUCCGAGACUGUGGCGGGUACAAGUGGUCAUGGUAAUUCUCAUGCCACGCGCAGUAAAACUCCCCUCGAGGAACCUUCAGAUGACGAUGAGCCGAUGGAGGCGUCUACUGUAGCAAAUUCUAUGUCGUCACGAAGCACUACGGCAGGCCCGGGACGCAAACGGGGGCGACCGGUAGAGAAGGAUGCAGUGUUGAUAAAAUCAUCAAGUUCGAUGGCAACACCGAACUUCGAACGGUUGCGUAAACGUCGUCGAUUAGAUUCUCAGGAGGAACUGGGUGAAAAAUCCGGUAGCAGCAGCUACGCACUGAAAGACUCCUCACCCGUUUCCGUCCGUGGCCUCAGCAACCUGAGAAGAAAGCGUUUGCAGCUGCGGCUGUCAGACUCGGAGCCGGAGGGAGAGCAACUCGAGAAACCGGUGGAUCAAUCGUCCCACGCAAGUGCGCCGUAUCAUAAUCAUAACAGCCACUCUCAUCAGACUGUUUCUCCACGUGCGAAGGAAGACACUGGCCGGUUAACACCGGUUGCGCCAGUGUCAGGCAGCAAGCGCCUUGGAAUGGGCAUGCGAAACUCCAAACGGCUUGCAAACGUUAGUGGCAACAGCCCGGCUACUAACUCCGACCCGAACGCUGACACACCGACAUCGGCGACGAUGAACACCGAUCUGCCACCGUCAGAAAAACUGUCCAAACCAUUUCGAGCCUCGGUGGCAGGAACUGCUGCGGUGAGACAAAAGCAUCACAUCGAGGGUACUUCGUCGUCUCCCGUUGGGGGAACGACUCGAGCGACAUCAUCGUCACCAGGGAAAAAGGAACCGACGGUGGUACCGACCACCGCAAGUAACAACAGCAGUAGCUCCAAGCUUCGCCAUAAGCCUUCUCCACCAUCCACAGGCCGCCAUAAGAAACGUCAAACGCAGGGAAGCAAGAAGUCGACCGUUCCCGUGGUCGCUGAUGCCAGUGAGGAUUCAUCCGGUGAAGCGGACGACGAGAUGGAGGAAGAAACACGCAGCAGCGUUCCAACAUCGUCGUCGAGCAUUCCCGCAGCGGGUACAAAGAAAUCCCCCAACAAAUCGAGCUCGCCCGCUAGCAACAGCAAGUACAACACGACGCCGUCGAAGAUAUCCCCACGGUUACGCGAUCAAUCGUCCAGUCCAGAUAUCAAAUCAUCGAAAACUAUUGGUGGCAGUAAUAAUCGAGCUGCAUCUAGUGACCGACGAUCAAAGCAACCGUCCGAUGCGAUCGAAGCACCCACGCGUGUAAAACACUCAGUCAGUCCGCAGCCGGCGACUUCGCAGGAAGAGGCUCCAUUGAACGCUACAGUUUCAUCCGAGGCCGUCAACAGGCCAAACAAUGGUGCUGAUACCGUCGAAGAACACAACUCUCGGCUCGUAAAGGAGGUUGAACCCCCCAUUUCCAGUACAAACGAACAGAAGCUAACGGAAGGCGACACAACAACAUCACCAAAUCGUUCCUCGCCAUUGGAAGGAGGAUCGGUUAUUAGCCGGCAGGUAGCGACGGCAAACCAGUCCUCCGACCAGGAUGAAACACGACUAAGUGCGAGCGCCAUUGGUGGUGCUGCUACUGAGCCAAAUGGUGAAGAACAUGGACGAUCUGCCGUUUCAGAAGUGAAGCGAAACGAAGGAAAUGAAGCUGGUGAACAGCAGGCGGUGCAAACAGAUAAAAUGAUGCAAUCCUCCGACAAGGAUGAGCAGCAACAGGCGCCGAAAGCCUGCAACAGCAGCACUCCUCCGGUAAAUGGCGUUGAGCUCAACGAAAAGAUUUCGGUGAUAACAGAAUCAAAAAACUGUUUCAUGAACAACAGUAGCGACACGGAGCGGAAGGGAAAAGAAACGUACUCAACUAAUAGCAAUGGUAAGCUGGUGGCGACGCUGAGCCCAGAAAAGAAGACGGUAACGACACCGACGAAGACGCCACCAACACUCGCGGAAGGUGCUUCGAACGGUGCCACGUAUGUGAGCCAGCAUCACGACGCAAGACGCCCGUCCGGGGGUGAUGAUCUUGCAAACAUACCAACAGGAAGUGCCGCCAACAAUACGGCCAGUGUGUUGAAGAUUAACGAAAAUUACGAAAAACAUCACGGGGAAAUACUGUCGCGUAACAAUCGACCGAAAGUUAUCGUCGACGGUCCCACCAACGUUGGCGAUGGAAAGGCAAAGGAGGAUCGAAGCAGCAACGCUAAGGAUGGAACAACUGAAAGUGGUGCGUCUUCUGUUGCGGGCACUGAAAUGGCAGAACAGAAACAUGCUUCUGGCACCGAAGCGACGGGAAUUAUUCAACCACCACUAUCGUCAUCGUCGACUUCUUCUGGUGACGGUCCGACAAGCGCCCACGAGCUUGCGGCGAUGCAUAAGAAAAAGUUUAUGAAAUCGACGCAACCGCAGUGCGACAACACGGCUGAUCACGGUUCGCCCACGAAAGCGUCGAACGAUCCGAUGAAUCCGAUAGGUGAUCAACAGCAACAGAAGCAACAACAGUCUAGUUCCGAUCAAUCAGUGAUCAAGCAAAACGAUGAAGCGGCCAGCACGAAGCUGAUUGGCAGCAGUUUUGGUGACUUCAAUAAUACUAGCAGUAAUGCUUCGAAUAUAGCCACGUCACAAUCGAGCACGACAAACUGCUCGUCGGUUUCGCAAGGGCCGCAAGUGGAUGCUUCGGAAAUUAAGAAGGAAAAGUCACCGACAACUUCGACGUCGUCCAGCGCGCCGUCCACGACGGCGACGACGACACUAAAGGUGACAAAAAACGAUGCGACGUCUGAAAGGCAAACUACUAAAACAUCCAAUGGUACGAGCAAUGGAAGCAAUACAAAGGCCAGCGAAAGUACGGCGACGUCUUGUGCGACGGCGGUAGUAACGAGCUCAAGCACUUCGUCGCUACCUCCCAUGCUGCAGACGGCUGGGGAUUGUAAGCGAAACAGCUCCGAAAUGGGUGGCGUCGGUUAUCAUCACGCGGAGCCACUUCAACCGAUGGUGGCCACUGUUACACCCAAGAUUGAACCCCCCACCAAGCGGGGGAAAGAUAAAUCCAGCUACAGCAACACGGCGACCAGCAUUGGUGGUGGCAGUUCGACGGUGACUGCCAGCAUCAAUAGUGUGGUAAAUGCGGCGAUGAAUGCAUCUGACGACCCGACGACAUCGACGACGGCUGGAAGUAAAACAGGUCGUGUACCUUCGAGCAUAACUGUUGGUAGUGAUCAGCAAGCGGCGAAACGUGGUAGUGGUUCUUCUGCCACGUCGUCAUCAUCAUCAUCGCUGCCGAAUGUUGUGUCGACCAAGAGUGAACAUUCUUCUCCGUCCGUCGCUACGAUGACGGCUUCAGGUACGGUCGUAGGUUCGACUUCGAGACGAACAGAUGGUAUGUUGCGGAAAGAUUCCACAAAGGCUGCGUCCUAUGGGAGCGGAAGUGGCGCUGGUGUCAUCGGUGGCGGUGGCAGUUCGGUCCCGGGUUCGCUAAACCAUUGUAAAGUGCAACCACAGGAUCAGUAUCAUAUGAGUACGAAAACAUCGAACAUGACACUCAUGGAUAGUGUUGGUAGUGGUGGUGGUGGUGGUGGUGGAGUUGGAGUGCAAGGUAAUGCUGCAAUCGUUACUGGUGUGUCGACGCAUGGCGCAUCCGGAUCCGCCAUGGGAGGAUCUGGCGGUGGUGUAGGAGGUAAUAAUAUUGUCUCCACCAUAGCCGGCACCAUGCCCGGAGGACCGGUUGGUGGUGGUGGAGUAGUGUCUACACCUCCCGGUGCAGGAGGAAGUAUGAUGAUGUCCGGCACGUCCGGUGGUAUGGUCGGUGGAACUGGCAGCAAUAAACCACCGCUGUCAUCCGAGUACGGUGGCGGCGGAAGCGCACUGAUGGGAAUGAAUAACGCUUCGUGCCGGUCGGAUAAAACGACAUCGACUGGAAAGCAUUCAUCCAGCAUUCACGACGCGAAGGCAACACUGGACCUGAACAAGGUCUCGUCACAGUUCGCGGGCAUUAACCAGUUGCCCAGCUACGCACCCUCGCAGUACUGGCAGUUGGACCCGUACUACCAUCAGGGCUACAAUUUGUCGCACCUGGACGCGAGCAGCCAGAAGUCACCGAACAAGUUCCACAUCGAGCUUACCAGCAUGGCGUACAGUAGCUUCCCGUCGAAUCUAUACUCUCCUUUCCAGCACCAAGAGCAGCAGUAUCAACAGGUUCCACCGGCUACUUCGACGACGCCGACACCCUACCAAACGGGCCCACCCGCUAAAGAAACGCGCACCGGAAACGUGAAGGCCGAUAGGAAGGGAGCCGCCGGCAGCACUGUCGGGAUGGAGCAGAGUUCUACGGGCCACAACAAUACGACCACCAAACAUGGGAAGUCAUCGAAAUCGGCCUCAAACUCCGGUGCCGAUAAGUUCAAAGGUGCCAACCCGGCUGAGGUGCAUCAUCUUUCACAUUCCUCGCAGCAACAGCAGCAGCAGCAACAGCAGCAACAGCAACAACAACAGCAACAGCAACAGCAACAACAAUUGUGUCCCUCGCCGUACGACACUGGGUUGUUGUGUUCCAAGACAGUGACGUCGGCGAAUCAGUAUCACCAUCUGUCGUCGGCGCAGGUAGUGCAACAUCAGCACCAGAUGGCUCAACAUCACCAGCAACAGCAGCAGCAGCAACACCAACACCUUCAGCAGCAACAACACCAGCAGCAUCAGCAGCAUCAACAGCACCAGCAACAUCAGCAACAUCAACACCAGCAGCAACAGCAGCAGCAGCAACAUCAGCAGCAUCAACAACAGCAACAGCAUAAAUCCAUCCAAAAGUCCAAGCACGAUACCACCAACAAGUUGUCCGACUCUUCGUGCAUGGUCGCCGCGACCAAACAGCAGCAAACAUCCGCCGUCACCGAUGCGUCCGGUUGCCAUGCGACGGUGGUUCAACAGCAGCAAACGAUGCACCUGAUGGCGAAUGCGGCGGCUCAGCAAAAGGUGGCCGGCGGGUUCCAAACCGAAUCGGAUAUGCACGUCGAUGGAACGACGGGCGGUGGUGGUAACGCACCGAACGAUAUGAAGCAAAGUGUCGUCCCAGGAGCUGGUGGAGGCAGUGCAGGAGGAGCUACUGGAGGAGCGCCUACGAACGAUGUACAUUCCAUCGGUGUUUACACACCCGAGUCGACGACGAACUCGGUGCAAAGCUUACACCAGUACGGGCAGUGCGAUAUUGACGUCAGUCAGCUAGGGUUGGAGUCACCGGCCAGCAUUGCGAGUGAUGUAACGUCGCAGAACUCGGUCGAUGCAAUCCGACCGCCGAGCGUUGUGUCGCAGCAUGUUGGCCCGUACUCGGACUGUUCCGUGCACCAGCAACAGCAGCAGUUGCAACAGCAGCAACACCAAACGCAGAUGCACAUGGGCAUGCACACGCACGUGCCCGAAACUAGUCCACAACAUCCGCAACAGCAGCAGCAGCAGAUGACAAUAAUUGCGAAUAGCAGUGGCGGCGGAAAUGGUGGUGCAGGAGGUGGCGGUGGUACGAAUGGAGGUAACAAUCGCGGGAAGCAGCAACAGCAACAGCACCAGCAGCACUUGACGCAACAACAGCAGCAGAUUCAACACAACACCGGUGGUCCGGCCAGUGGUGGACGAACGCAGCGAUCGUCGACGCCGAAGGUGAGCCGGAACACUCCGACACCGGGCAGCCAGCAGCAGCAGCGGCACCAGAGCCGCACGACGCCACCCGUAGUCAGCAAUGUUAUCCAGCCGAUCAUUAGCCCUGGUCAUCAGCAUCAGCAGCAACAGCAUCAGCAACAACAGCAAGCGGCAAUGCAAGCGGCGGCGGCAGCGGCUGCUUCGAUGAACCAACAACAGCAGCAGCAACAGCAACAGCAGCAGCAGCAUCAGCAGCAGCAACAUCAGCAACAGUUGACGCUCCAGCAGCAGAUGCAUCAGUCGUACGGAGCGCUCACCGGACAAACGUUGAACCAUCAUACUCAAAACAUGCACCAAGUGGCGGCCGGUGGUGGCUAUUUGGGGGCCCAACUGGGCCUUGCCGGUCAAGCACCUCCCUAUCCACAAUCCCCAACCUCCUACGGUAGCGUCAUACAGCAUCGAAUGUCGAACAAUCACACGCCAGCCAGUCUGCACAGUCCGCACCAACGUCUAGGCGCGUCACCCGUGUCCUCCUGUGCCGUUUCAUCCGCCAACAAUUUUUACGUCCAGCAGCAACAGCAGCAACAACAACAACAGCAGCAGCAACAGCAGCAGGCGAAUAAUAUACCUCAUCCGAUCGGGUCACACACGCCGAUCCCGCAAGCACCAACCCCAGCACCAACGCCAACGCCCACCCCUACACCCCAGCUGGAACCGCAAUCCUGCCAAGGAGGUGGUGCGGGCGGCGCUGGUCCGCAGCUUGGGCAGCAGGGUGGUGGCUCGCUGUCGUGUCUCUCGAAGCUGCAGCAGCUCACGACGAACGUGGACAUUUGCAAUUCGCCCGUCACUCCGCCUCCAUCGGCUCACCACGGUGGUGGCGCGGGAGGAGGCGGCGCUGGUGGUGGUGCGCCGGGAGCUGCCGGAAGCAAUGCAAGUAUGGUGGCGGCACAGAACGUCCGCAACAUCUCAACGCCACCGGUUUCGAUACAUUCGGCGCAGAUGUCCAGCAUCAGCAACUACCACAAGUACUACGCGGGCAACAUGAACAUGCCGCCCGGCAUCGGUGGACCAAACUCGGCCACGGCGGCCGCUGCGCGAAGAAAUGCCGUGGCGGCCGCCGCAGCCGCAGCCUCGUCCGCCCAAAUCCAGCACAUGACGAACACGUCGAGCCGCGUCAGCCCGAACGUGGCCAUCAGCACGAACCUCAUGUCACCGUACGGUACGCUGAAUGGCUAUCGGAUGACGACGGCUCAGUCGGCCAGCGGUGCCGGUGGCUACAUCGGCAAUCCGGCCGCCGGCUUCAUCCAAAAUCCGGCCCAGCUCGCCCCGGUGCAGAUGAUGAACAUGCAGUCGCAGUACCAGGACCCGAGCGCCAUUCAGCGCGCCCAGCAGAACUCGAUGUACUCCUCCUACCCGGCCUAUCUGCCGGCCAUGCGUCGCUAGUAGGAGCGUGGCGGAACAGGAGCAGCACCACAGCAACCGCCACCGCCGCCGCCACCGACAACUGUAAAUCUCUGACCCAUUUGCAAAUAGUAGUUAGUCAAAGCUCGCGUUUUCUCGAUUUCUCGAACACAAGGGCAGCCAGUAGCCUGUGGCUGUGCUUCAACGAAACGACGACGAAAUUAGUCAUCAUCACAGGGUUAAUCGCGACGAAGGAGGAGGGGGGAGGGCACCUUAGGGAACUGGACAGCCAUAAACGAAACGUUCAUAAAAUCCACAAAUGAUAAAGGAUUGAUUGGGAUUUCACAAAACUGUCGCUGCAAAGUAGAAGCAGUAGCAAAAUCUGCAAGAUGCUUAUGCAAAUGUACAAAGUGUACACGCAACAGGUGGGGUCGAUAGUGUUCCGGUUAUUGUUGAUGCUCUCUUGUUGUCAACGUUUUAAGGGGGAAAGUUAUCAACAAUCCGGUUGCCGGAAUGCUUAAAAUUAAAGCGUAUCUGUAUCUGUACAGUGGCUCGGCUACAGCCGUUAUUCAUUUUAUUUUUAUUAUAUUAUUAUUGAUAAUAUUACCGGGAGAUUGCUUUAGGUUGUUUUAAAUAUGAUGAAUGAUGCGUCGUCACCCCAGCCACAGCAUCGCCCGAAUCUGUUUCCGUUAUAGCUGCAAACUGUUCCUUGCUACUACGUGAAAUUUGUCACUUCCGCGCAUCCCAGAGAAGUAAAAGGAUGUAGAGUAGAGGUGGAAAAGACUAAGACAACCAGAAGAGUGGUAUCGAUAUAAGAUUUUUAGAAGAGACACGCGUGUUUGAUGUAACGGUUAAUGCAGUAUAGAAAGUAAGCAGAACAAACAAACAAACAGAACAAAAUAAUCAAAACCCGCUUGUGUAAUGGUAGGAAAACGAAAACAUAAGGCAAAUCAAAUCUCUUUCAGUUCACC